AUGCCAAAUUUUGUACAAACACAACAGUAUGAGAGUUCAUCGGAAUCCGACGAUACGAUGGAUCAGCAGAAUGUUCAAGAAAAGAUAAAAAUUAAACGUAACUUUGACUGGAUAAGAGACAAAUGCUUUUCUAAUGAUACAGACGCUCAAAUAGCAAUUAAACGAGAAGAACAAUGGAGUCGAUAUUUUACCAACAAAGUUCAAGAUGGAGUUAAAGUUCAUUACCGCUGUAAUAAAGUUAAGUUUCGUGGCACACAAUGUAAUGCUGCAAUUUAUCUCUUUUAUCCGCACAAUAGUGAUGAAGUUAUAUUAUUUCGUGCAAAUAAUGAGCAUAACCAUACUGAUUCAAGUAAACAUUAUUUCUUCUCUGAAGAAAUGAAACAAAAUAUCCAGGAACUGUUUGAUAUGAGAUUAAAGCCAAAGAAAAUAUAUGAAGUGUUGGAAGAGAAAAAUUUCAAGAUAACACGUAAUCAAGUGAACAAUUAUUUAACACAAUUACGUAAACAAAAAUUUGGUCCUUCUAGCUUAAGUUUAGGAGAAUUAGAAUCUUGGUGUCAAGAGAAACAUACAGUACCACAAUCUGACGAUGAAUCAUUUGUAGUUUCUUUUCAUAUUCAUUACGAAGAUGAUAGUGACGACGAUGAUGAAGACGUCGUCGAUGAUGGUAAUAAGUUCAGAUUUUUUCUCUCUUCAAAACGAUUACUCCAAAUUGCUUCAAUAUCAACCAAGUUACAUGCUGAUGCCACGUACAAAUUGAACUGGCAGGGUUUUCCAGUAUUAGUUGUUGGAACAAGUGAUUGCGAUCGUAAAUUUCAUCCAUUUGGAUUGGCUGUAUAUACUGAUGAAAAAGAACCAGAAUUCGAAUUUAUUUUUAAAAGUAUUUCCGACGGUGUAAACCGAAUAACUGGAUCAGCCUUUACACCCGAAGUACUUAUAGCUGAUGGGUCUGGUGCUAUACGUAAUGCAUUUCAAAAGUUUUUCAAUAGGGAUAAAAUGGUCAUGUGUUGGUCUCAUAUGCGUCGCAAUGUUGAGAAAAAAUUGAAGAGCUUGAAAAUCGAUUCGAAGAAAACAAAAGAAAUAUUAGAUGAUAUUGAGACAUUACAAUUAUGCGAAUCAGAAACUGUGUUUCGGAAUGUAUCAUCCUUAUUCUUGAAGCAAUGGAAUAAAACAGAAAAAGAAUUUACAGAAUAUUUCGAAAACGAAUGGUUAACAGUUCUUGAUUCGUGGUAUGAAGGAUAUAAUGGUGCGUUCACACCAAGCACUAACAAUCAAUUAGAAGCUACGAACAAAGUCAUCAAAGACGAACAUACUUUUAGAGAACGACACACAUUAUCAAGAUUUCUUACAGUUGCAAGUGAUAUUGUGAAUAAAUGGUCUAUGUCUCGCAAUCAAAAUCAAACAGAUCCAGUUGUGUUUUCCACAGAACCAACAAUCCCACUUGCAAAAUGGACCAAUGCAUAUCAUUUUGCAAAAUCCUCCAAGUCAGUUUUACAACUACAAUCGAAGAGAAAGGGUUUUAUUGAUUAUUAUAUACCAACCGGUGAUGUAGCAAAUAUUACAAAAAAUGAAAUCCAAAGAUACCAAAGAAAACAAUGGACUUCAUCUGCGCAAUUUAAGGAUCUUCAGUUUGGAAUUUGGAAAGUAACUUUACCAAACAUUGGAUCGGAAUGGAAAAAUGGAUUUUGCAAUUGUCCAAAUUUUUUGAAGGAAUACAUUUGUAAACACGUGAUUGGUAUGGCAAUUGGAUUAAAGCAUUGUAAACCACCUUCAAUAGCGAAGGAUGUACCUUUGGGUGAAAAAAGAAAGCGAGGACGACCACGAAAAGCAACACAAGCUUUGUUAAUCGAUUAA